UCAAGGAUUUUUGUCGCUUGUUGUCGCCGUAUCCAUGGAAAGUUUGUUUUCUCUUUUUUUCGCGCUCGGUGCUCCUUCCUGAAAGUUUACGCUGGGCUGUAGUUUGCACGCAUCCAACAUGACAGAGAAAGUAACGGACAUCUGGGCUAGCAGUGAUUUUCUGCUGUGCUGGUUACUGCAAUGAAUGGUAACGCUGUCCAGCAGACCACGAGCACUGCACCGUCAAUAGCACCUCCUUGUGGUUGGAGGGAGUUCUGCGAGUUGCACGCCAGCACCACGGCCCGAGAACUAGCCCAACACUACCGGCGUUUCAUCCGAGAGCAGCCAGUUCAGAAUGUGGUCCCCCCAGAAAGUUUCUCCAAGCAGUUUAGCACCCUGUUUCAGCACCAUUUCAGCUGCGAAGUGGCUAAAGAUGCCGAACCUGCCCCACGGCAACCACUCCAGAACCCCCUACCGCCCAUGACUGGCCGUCUACGCAUCACUUCCUUUUCAGGAGUGCUGGAUUAUCGGGAGACGUUGCGCCCAGGAGCCGCUCCUCUAGUCGCUGUGUUGGCACCCAAACCUGAUGCGGGGUGCGUCGCUAGGGAACAGGAGCAUUUGGUGCGUUGUUCUCCUGCAGACACUACACGCAGAUCAACACAUCUUAGCCAGGAGGAUGAACCACCGGAGCGACAGAACACGCCCCCUGUUUGUAAUGAUGUAACCCAUAUUUCUGUCAGUCGAAUCAAAGAUAGUGUCUACCGGCUUUUUAAGAAAUCACCACCACUUGUCGAAUCCCUUAGCAGUUGCCCAAGGGACGAAUCGGUCCAGGGUGGCGGACCCUCAGUGACCGUUGUAAACAAUGGCCAGCCUUCACCUCAGACUGUGCAGGGACCCGCCCAUCGUUUCUCACAAUGGAGCAUGUUGCGAGAGCGGUGGAGUCUGUUUCGUACUGUGAGACGCAGACAGGAAACCGGAAGUGUUUGUAAGGAGGGGCUGCUUCGAUACCUGGAGGUGGAUGACUCUAUCUCCGACACACCCCCGCAGUGGCUACGCUGCCGCCUGCUGGUCAGGAGGACCAAUGAGCACACAGCUAGUGAGAGGUACCAGCUAGAGCUCUAUGACCCACCUAAGGACUACAAAACAGCAAAACUUACCGUAUCCUGUUCAGAUAUCAAGGAGAUACGACGCUGUAAUCGACUAGAAAUGCCUGACAACAUGAACACAUUUGUCUUAAAGGUCACUGGUCAUCCAGGUAGUUUUAUAUUCGAGACAGAGAACGAGCAGCAGGUGAGCUCUUGGACCAUAGAGCUCAGAGAAUGCAUCUGCAGCAGGUCAGAUAGCGUGGCUGGAGAUCCGUUUCCUGUGAGUGACUCACUCAAUGUAGCUAGCAGAGGGAGCGCAGAGCCCAGCAGCCAGAGCUCUCUGGUUUUUGGCCUAGCAGAGCACGCCUACAAUAAAACGGAUCACUUCCUGUCCUCUUACCCAUGGUUCCACGGGCCCAUAUCACGUGUGCGGGCCGCCUACCUUGUGCAGCAUGCCGGGGUCAGUGGUCACGGGAACUUCCUGGUCAGACAGAGCGAGACGCGUAGAGGAGAUUACGUGCUUACAUUUAACUACCAGGGCAGAGCGAAGCAUUUGCGUCUGUCUCUGACCGAGUGGGGUCAGUGUCGUGUGCAGCACCUGCGUUUCCCGUCAGUCAUGGACAUGCUCAGUCAUUUUCGCAACUGUCCCAUCCCGUUAGAAUGUGGAGCCGCAUGUGAUGUCAUGCUGGCCAAUUACGUGCGAGUAAACCCCACCCACACAGGUCAGAAUUCGGCUCUUGGCUCUCCUGUGUUAGUCCCCUUCUCUCGCUGGAGCUCCGAGCCCAGUCUCGCUCACUGUAGCCUGGAUUUGUUUCCAGGCUCCAGCCCCUCCAUGGCCCUGUCAGCAUUAGCCCAUGUCCCGCAUCACACUCCUCCAUCACUCCCCGAUCGUCCUGUACCCCUGCGCCGGAGUGAGUCGGUUGGUCGCAGAAACCUACUCCGCCACCCCAACCCCUUACCGCCUCUAGUGCCCAGCCGAGACUCUGACUAUGAACUAGAGCCGCCUGACAGGGGACGCAAGAGAGCGAUCGACAACCAAUACAUGUUCUUCUGAGAGGGAAUCAGAGAAGAUAACCGAAGCGGAAAACCGGUCUAGAUCUCCACCUGGAUCCAGACCGUAUGGCAGCCAAGCCGCACGAGGAUUGGUGCGAGACUCCAGGCCGAGACGCACAACACCUAAACCUGCCCUUCUAAGACGCCUGACAACUGUACAGAUGUUUCACUAGAGUUGGAAAAUGUGUUUAUUUUAGAGUAAUGAAAGUAGAAAGGAGAAGCGGGAGAAGCAUCCCGCUGGGAUGCAGAAGAUGUGUUUGAGAGAGCUUCUGAGGAAAGUUUCAUGAUGGCUGGUCAGUAAGUCGUUUAGAGGCUUGGAAACACACAACCACCAACAACAACCUCGACUAGAGUCUAUAGAAACGAUGUUUUCAGACCUGGUUUGAAUUUCAUGAAGUAAAACAUGAACACAUUUAAAAGACAUAAAAUAGGUUUGUUUAUAAACCACACUUGUGUUUUUGACAUGCAACAAAUCCCAUUUACAUUUGUUAUAUGUAUGUAUAUGCAGACCGUGAGACCGUGUUUUCCACCAGAAUCAGCAAACCUCGAGAAAAUCCAAAAGAAGAAAUCCAAACAAUGACGUCAGAAGAACGCAGUGUGAAAGCACCCUUAAACAACGAAGCGUUACACACAUGAACAAACAUGACCUCAUCUAUACAACACAAAGACAAUUCAUUUCCGUGUAAAUUUGUAAACAAUUCUUGAGAAAAUUGUUGUAUUGUACCUAAAGCUCUUGCAAACAAUUUACACAAAAGUUCUGCUUGUGUUUCGAUGAGGCCGUACAUGCAAGUACAUUUUUAGAUUGGUGAUUUUAUGUCCAGUUGUAGUAAUACACAGGUUUCUAUGUUUUGUGUGUAAAAAAUGUAUAUAUUGACCAUAUUAAAAUCACAUAGCCAAGGCCUAACUGUAGUACAGUUAAAACAUUUCGUUUAAGAUUCUAGAGGUCCUACGCUAGGUUUAUAAAUCAACUGACCAAGAUAAAAAUUAUCAGAUUAAGGAAUAUCUGAAGUUAGGCCUGAGUUCAUGUCACAUUUUAUAACGAGCUAUAUUUUCCUAAGUCUUGCGUUUUAACACGUUAAGCCUUUCUUGUGUUUCAUGGCAAUAAGCUGUAGAAAUACUACUUUUACAUUAACAGCUACUAAAUCUGACACCGUAAAUAGUGAUUUUAAGCUAUUUGCCGUUUUUCAGUAAUCGCUUUACUGAAACGUCGUUUUGACAACUCUUUGUGUGUUUCUUUCAUUAGUCGUGAAUUUCUUUUUUGUGGCUUAACACUAACACUGUAGUCAGAUCUGUAUUAACCACAGAUACCCAUAUGACUUUAUAUCUCGCUCAUACAUAGUUGGGUGAAUCUCAUUAAUUUGACAUUGGAAUUGAUUUCAGGACCACAAUGAUUGUAACUUUAUUUCCAAGAAUUUUAAAUUCUCAUUACUGUUAUGAAUUAUAACAUUAUUAGAAGAUCUUGUUUUCCAUUAGGUUAUAAUAAAAUUGACUGUAAUUUAAUUAUUUAUAGACAGUGCAACAAAUACUUUUUGGCAUUAGAGUAAAAAGAAUGAGAUUAUUUAUUAUUAUUAAUAAUAAUAGUUUUUUAUCAUUAUGCGUUAUAGUGAUCACUGUUUUAAAAAAAGUCAAACAUAACUAGGACUUGAUUCAACUUGGAAAUGAUCCAAUAUACAAUUCUUUAUUUUUAAACGAUUUUGUGAGAUUCUCCCAAUGUGUUCUUGACCCGUAUUCCAAAACUGUCAUUUCAUUGUCCAAACAAAUAACAUUGUUUUCCUUCUCCUUGUCAUUUGCUUCACUCCAGAAGUCUGUGUCCGUUUCUCACCACUGUGGCAAAGAACAAGCAACCGACUUUUACACUCUAUAAAUAUAUUUAGUUUAACACGAUAUGAAAGAAAGCGUGAACUGUACCUGUGUAUCACUACCUCGGAUUGUUAUGUAGACUGUGUGUUCCAGGUGGACUUGUUUUUGGACAGUAUUGAACCGAUGGAGUUUUGUGUCAUUGACAUGCACGUCCACUAAUAAGUGAUGUGCUAAAUUCAGCAAAGUAUUGUUUCAAUUAAUAUGCUUCUUUGCAAAUGACUCAGAAUGUCGGUAUGUCAUUACAAAACACUUGUUUUUAUGCAAAUACGUGGUUUCUAACAUUAUUUGUAAUAUGAACAGAUUCAGUGUCACAUAUCUGACACUAUCAGACGCAACACAAGCUGGAUUGUGUGGUAAUAAGUGCUUUGUGUUCUUUAUGCCACUUCGUGCAGGCCCAUAACUGGACCACUGGUCUGUACAACUUCAGUGUUUUACCGCCAAAGAUUUACCCCAUCUGAAGUCCCUAAAAGUUCAGCUAUUGAAUGUACGUCUUCUCUCUCUAUACUGUUAUUACUAUGAUUUUUAUGAGAGCACUGUAAACCCCUGAGCUUUACCCUCAGCUAGAUUAACCACGGCUUUCUGAUAAAACGCAUGUUACCUUCCAUGUAGUAUGCAUAUUAAAUUAUAUCAACUGUAUAUUUGAUAUUUUAGGAAAAAUAAAGCUAAUAUUUCAAAACA